AACAGUCAAGGGGCCAUAUUUACAGUUUUGUCGUGUUGUGAGUAAUUUUAUUUUAUCCGUAGUCUUCCGGGAAAAAAGCCAUUUUUCCGCCAUGUAUGACGACGACGACGAACCAGAAGGGCCAAAGAGUUCUUUCACGACUUACCUUUCCGAAGGAAAUGUGCAUUUUAACCAGGGGGAAUACAAAAAGGCUCUGGAUAGUUACACUCAGGCCCUGGAGCUACAGCCAGGUUACAAAGUGUGUCUUGUCCAGCGAUCAAAGUGUUACUUGAGGUUAGGCAAUGCUGAUGCCGCACUGAGAGACGCAGAAGAAUCACUUGCAGAAGAUAAAGAAUAUAACAAGGGCCUUUAUCAGAAAGCAGAAGCACUUUAUUCCAAGGGAGAGUUUGAGUAUGCUCUCUUGUAUUAUCACCGUGGAUAUAAGCUGAGACAAGACCAGGAGGAGUUCAAACUUGGCAUCCAGAAAGCUCAAGAGGCCAUUGAUAAUGCUAUCGGAAGUAAGAAUUACUUGUCUUUUUUUGUAGAUUUUAUUCAUGGAAAUAGCAGCAAACCAAUUUAUGAUCUGGUCCAAGAUGGCUUGAGUUAUUUAGAUACAAGAAUUGAAUUCUGGAGACAACAAGAACCACUCUAUGCUCGCAAGAACAAGAAACUGCCCCCAAGAAAAUCUCCCCAGAGGCAACUCCCUGCUGACACAACAAAAUUCAUCUUGAGAUCCUUGGAGGAAAUAGACCAGGCGUUGGCAGAUGGUGAUCCAGAGACAAGUUUAAAUAAGGCACAGUCAACUUUAAAAACAGUACAGUCAUUAGGAGCAGAGAGUGUCCCAAACAAGGCAGAGGUUGUGGGUAAUUUGUACUCUUGUAUUGGAAAUGCUCAUCUUGAGAUGGAAAAUUAUGAAGAAGCUUUGAAGUUCCAUGAAAAAGAUCUGAAGGCUGCUAAAAAAAUGGAGAACAAGGAAGCUAAAUCACGAGCGCUGGACAACCUUGGAAGACUGUAUGCUAAGAUGGGAGAAUACACCAAAGCUAUCGAUUCCUGGAUGGAGAAACUUCCACUCAGUAAAUCAGUUUUAGAAAGCACAUGGCUUUAUCAUGAAAUUGGCAGGUGUCAUUUAGAGCUCAAAUACUACCAGGAUGCUAAGGAGUUUGGUCAAAGAUCAUUGGCUGCAGCAGAGCAAGCAGAUGAUAAAGUGUGGCAGCUUAAUGCCACAGUUCUUGCGGCUCAAGCUGAAGUGAAGCUUGGAGAUCUCAAAGAUGCCCUGCAAUCUUUUGAAAAAGCCUUAGACCUAGCCAAAAUACUGGAGGAUGAUGCAGCUGAAAAUGCCAUAUCCAAAGCCAUCAAUGACGUCAAUGACAGAAUCACACAAGGGGUCAAAACUGGAGAAGAAAGUGCUGCUGAUGAACAUGAAGGUGCAGAGGAAAGCAAAGAAACAGCAGAUGAACAAAAUGAGGAAACUGAGGCAGCUAAACAAACAGAGGAGGAGGAACUAGUGAAAGAAGACUCAGUCAAAGAAAGCCAUGAGGAGGCAAAGGAGGAUGAAGCUGCGGAAGGAAAUGCAAAAAAGGAUGCAGAACAAGAACCAGAGGAGGCAAAUGAUGCAACAAAAGAUGCUGAUCAACCUGCUGAAGAUGAUGGAGUGAAGGAGCAAUAAAGGUCCUAAAAUUGUCCAUCAAACUCUGUAUAUAUUGAUGUAUUAGAGCCUUUCCAGAGAAAUUCAAAGUUUUAAUUGCAGUUGCUAACUCUUUGUUAACUCAAAGGUGUUAAAAUAGUUCUGCUAAACUUGUUGAAUAUUAUUUUACAACAUUUUUAUUUUGACUUUCAUUUUAAUGGUGGCUGUUGUCAGUGUAGUACUUUAAGUUUGAUCAUUGUAUGUGGAAUGGUUUGAUUGUGAGGAACAUUCAGUCAGAGGAAAUUGCACAGUGAAAAUAUUUUGUUCUUCUGGAAAAGAUGAUGUAAAUUGAAGGUGCAAGGAGAAUAAAGGUUGACAAGAAAGUG